AUGAAAGCAAUUCUUUUCGGAUUAUGCUUAUUUGCUCUUGCCUCUGCAAGCGGUAUAGUCUCAACAAAGCUUGAAGCCCUCGGAGGGAACAUUGGCAGCAACUGUGACCCAUCAUUAACUACAUACAGCGUGACAACUUUUGCUGUGACUCCUUGGCCUCCUACAAAGAAUGUCUACCUAAAUCUUAAUAUGACAGGAACAGUCAACCAAGCUGUGACCUUCCAAGAGAUGGAUAUUUUUGUCACUUUUAACGGAGUCAACUUCUAUCAAGAAACAGUAAAGGAGUCAGGCACUUAUAAGCAAGGACAGACUGCGACUGUCAUUUUUAAGGUAUUUUUGCCUGGUAUUGCUCCUAAUGGAAAAUACGGUGUUAUUACCAAGAUUAAAGAUACUGCUGGAGCUUACCUUAAUUGCUGGCAGGUAGCUUUCUCAUUAAGUUAA